AUUGGUAGUUCUAAUUAGAAACUAAAAAUAAUUGUAAUUAUAGCUAUUCUUAGUUGCAAAUAUUGAUAGUUGAAAAUAUGGUGAAUUGGAAAAAAUAGUAGUCCAAUUGUUAAUUGCAAUCAAUAAUAGUUGUAAAUAAUAAAAAUUAUUACACUUUUCCACUGCAAUAAUCAUUGUAUGAAAGUUAUUAAAAAAAGAUCUAUACCAAUUACAUACAUAAAAUUUUUUACCAAAAUUCGUUGAAACUUCUUCCAAGUUAUCUUUUCACAAUAAAAUGAAUCCACAUACACACACAAAUUUGUCAGCGAUUAAAAUUUAUAUUUUUCGUACAUGCGAUUUUAAUUUAUGAACUAUAGAAAAAUAAUGUCAUAAGAGAAAAGUUGUUAAAAAAUUGUUUAAUCUUUAUAAUUUUUCAUUUUAUCAGAAAGUUUUUUCAUUGCAAAAGUAAACCAGUACAAGUGUCGAAGCAAAAAUUUGUGCAUCAACCAAACAUGGAUUACCGUUAUAAAUUUUUGGCGGCAUUUGGAUUAAUUCUGCUACUGCUAGUUGGGAAAAUUUCAAUCUUGACAGAAAACGAUUUAGAGAAAAAGGAAAGAAACCAAUCCAUGCCUGAUGAUGAUAUCUGUACUCUUUACGAUUACUCCCUUGUACUUGAUCAAUGGCUAUUUCGAAAAAAUUAUAAACCAUUAAUAGUAACUAUAGCACGUAAAUUUACUGAUGGAAUAAGCAGAGUUAGAAAUAUAUCUCAGAGUAAAAGGAUAUUAUACGAUAAUGAAAUUACCAACAAACAUUGGAGUAAGAUGCAUAAUAUGAUAACGGAAAAUUUUUAUCUAUAUGAAGCUCACAAUGUAUACUACUUUGUUUAUCCAGUAAACAUUCUAAAUAAUUCUUUCACUAUAUACUGUCAAAAAAGGUUGUUAACCGAUCAGUUAGGUGUUACGUUUGAUUUUGUCAACGUAAGAAAAGAGAAUCCAUUUUUUGAAGAUAUUUUAGUUCACCUAAAAUCAAAUUGCUCCAAUUGCCCUCUAGUAGAAUAUGUUAACAAAAAACUAAAAACAGGUGAAAGUUUCUCCGAAUUAUUUGUAUUAAGAGAACAAUUGUUUAGAGAAAAAACAAACUACACAUCCUUAAAAGCAUUCGACAAUUAUUACGCUUGCGAUUCGAUUGGAUUUAACAUUAAUUCUGAGAGCGAAAAUUUUUUAAUGCAUUUUAACACAAUACUGCAACAGAUUCAGAAGAAUAGCAACAAUUUUGAUAAAAGUAGAAAAAAAAGAAUUUUCGACAGAAGUCUAAAGUGCUUUAAAUCGAGACAUCUAUUUGUUACGCAAGAAAUUUUUAACAAUGAUAUUCAGAAACAGAAUCUAAAUUAUCCUUUCACUGGAAUUAAUUAUUUAAACUGGAUUAACGAAACUGUAUUUUCACUGAAUGUAAAUGAUAGCUCAUUUGGAAAUAUAUGCAAAGAUGAACAUAAAAUAUAUAUAUUUAAAUUAUUUUGUUUUAUAAAAGAUGUAUCAGAUAUUACAUCCUAUGACAUAGCUGCGUGGACAGAUGCCAUACAACAACUUGUCGCUGCAUCAUUAAACAAACAACUGAUGUGGUUCAAUAGUUUGGUGUCUUUGUAUCAAAACGAAGAUUUAGUGCAAAGUGAUUUCAUUUUUCUCCAACUUGAAAAUUUGAGAAAAGAAAUUCUAAAUGAAAGUGGGAAUUGGAUGAGUGUAAUGAAUAUUACUUUCAACUUGGUUUUGAAUUUAAUGAUAGAAAAGAGUAGUAGCAAGUCUGUGUUAAGUUCACCCUGUUUAUUUUACAAUUAUUUGGACACAAUUGAUGCCUUACUUCCUGAGAUGGAAUUCAAGAGAUUGGUAAUAAUCGUAGCUGAUAGUAUGCCGUCAGGGGUACGAAAAGUUGCACAUAUAGCAGGCAGAAGAGUAGUACCAAGAAUAAAAAGAGAAGAUCUUCAUUAUACAAAACAGUUUGUGUAUGAUGAAAUAAUGAAACAUUUUUAUCUGCUUCAAUCCAAUGAUACUUAUUAUUAUGUUUAUCCAUUGACUGAAAAUAGACAAAUCGACGUAUUGAUUACCUAUUUCGAGAUCAAGAUGAUUAGUGAUUAUUCAAAAGUUGUAUUUUAUUUCGCAAACUAUUCUAAUUCUUUUUUACCCGAUAAAUUCGAAACCAUGAGUUAUAAUGACUUACUCCUUCCUGCUCUUCCAGACAACUGUCACUUAUUUACAACAAACUGUGAAAACCGUUUUUUAAAUCCCAUAUAUUUAAUUAAUCUGCAGAAAAAAUUUCACAGACGCUAUUCAAAAUAUUUGUCAGUAUCUGCUAUGUUUUUACAAAUAUUACCAAAAUCAGUUAAUAAUGAUUAUUCACAUUAUAAAGAUAAUAAUUCGAUAGAAUAUGCACAGAAAUUUUAUGAUUUUCUAAAAACACAACAAAUUUCUUAUCGUACAGAUUAUUUACUUAAUGAUUUUCCAUGCUCAUCGCUGCUGGAAAUAAAUAAAGGAAUUAACAUUGAUUUCAGAAUAACCGAAAUAGGAGAUUUUUUCCAUAUUUUACUUUUCAUACAAUCUGCUUACAAUAACAUAACAUCAAUAAAUAUCACAGACAAUGAUAAUUUAAAAUAUUUUUGUAUGAAUUCGAAUAUUUUUCAGUUUAUUAAGUUCUUUUGCUUUUUAAAAAUAAAUUGUAUUCAAGGUAUGUUUAAACAUAUAGAUGCGAAUUCGUAUUAUGUCAAGAAUAUGGAAAAAAUUGCUCAAAAUGAGAAAAAUGUUAUUACUGAAUAUUUGUCAAAGACAUUAAUAUGGAUGAACGAAAUGUUACAGUUUGAUUACCACGAUAUGUAUAAUAAAGCUAAAAUUUUAAAACAAUUAAAACUUUCAUACUUGAAAAUACCAAAAAUUAUCUCAAAUGGUGCUGAUUCGUUAGACAAAUUCUAUUUAGUAUUAAGAGAAACUGUAUUUUAUCCUAGAUGUAAAAAUUACAUGAAAAGAAACAGUUCACCGUUAAAUCGGGAUCUUUCGAUCUUAAGUCUUAUGCGUGACCAAUAUCUGAAUAAUGAGCGAAACAAUUCAUUUUACCAUGUACAACGACAUUAAAUAAUAAUAAGAUAUAUUCUGUUACUGUUUAUUCUUUUCUCAAAUAAAUUCUUUAUUUAAUAAAUUUAUUUACUAUUUAUAUUAUAUUUAUUUAUUAUUUAAUUCUUUAAGGGAGGGUAAAGAUAGUUAUUCGAUCGAAGCAAAAAUUGAAGGUCUCGAUCCAAGAAAUGGAUAUAAUUUUUAAGGCACUAAAUUCUUCACUUCUAAAAUAAAAAAGGAUUUCAAAUUUUAAUUUUUUGUAAGCAUUUCGUAUUUGUUUAAAGAUUACGAAAAAGUUCCUCUAAAAAUUAUGAUUUAAAACCUUUUAAUUUUUUAUUUAUUUGACAAUGAUUUUUAGAUGAAAAAAAUUAUAGCCAGUUCUCCGAUCGGGACUCUCAAUCGACAAAGUUAUGAGUAUUUGAGGGUCCGUUGUCUGUUCGAUAAAAAGCCGCGCAUAUUUUAAGUUUUGAAUUUUUAGUGUGCAAAACUUUAAAACGUUUUCCUAAAAGUUGUUAUUUUUUAAGCCCGUGUGUAACAUAAUAACUAAAAAACUACUGAACCAAUCGUUUUAAAAUUUUACACACUCCUUCUUCACAUAAUUCCUCAGAUAUCUAUUAAAGUUUUUUUGUAUUUUUAAUACUACGACCAGAUUUUAUUCAAAAGUCUAAUUUCAA